GUUGAAAUAACUAAGCCUUAAAAUGAAGUUUUUAGUAUUUUUUUGUGUCAUAUUAGGAUCAGUUUUAGCAGAAAAGCCAGCGCCAUAUCCUCCAAAAGGAUGGAAACCACAAGGUGCAAGACUUGAAUUACCACCAUCUCGUGAAUAUGGAGUGCCACAAGAUCCUGAUUCAAUUGAAAUAACAACACUAACCAAUGAAUAUCUUCCACCACCAACAAAAGAAUCAAGAACAAGCAAUGACAAUAAUUUUUUGAAUGUACAAAAAUUGCCUGAUCCAAAUUCUUUCUCACAAUUUGAAAAUUUUAAACGUCAGUCAUUAAAUCAACAGGCAAGGAUUAUCAUGGCACCACCACUAGCAGUAAAUUCACAGCCUCUUCUUCUUGCUCCAGUUUUUGCACCUCAAUUUGCUUCAGUAAAUCAACAAUUGCAUGAACAAAAGUUCGGCCAACAAAGAAAUCCUAAAAAUGAUGCCCAACAAUUGCCCCCACAAGAAUAUGGACCGCCAAAAGCAGAACAACCUGUAACGACUGAAUUUCCACAGAGAAAUGAACCAGAACAACCGCAAAACUUUCCAAAUAAAAACAUUUACAACAACAAGAAUGAUGAUGAUGAAAGCAGCGAAGAAUCGUCAGACGAAAGUGACGAACAGCCUGUUAUUGCCGUAGCAAAUGCUCAGGCUUAUGCCAAACAGAUUUCUGCAACGCAACAAGGUCAGGUUGGACAGUACUAUAUUUUAUUACCUGACAGUUCACUACAAAAAGUACGAUAUGCUACUGGACAAAACGAAGAGGACCGUCAAAUUAAUGGAUUUUCGGCACAAUUGCGAUAUUCACCUGUUGAGCCAAUUAAGGACCCUGUUUUUGGUUAUGAUGAACAAGGCAAAUUAGUACGAUUGUUUAAAUGAAGUACUGAUGGAGAUGAAUGAUGUGAUUCUUGCUCACUAUAUUUAACAUGCAUAGUUUUUGGCAAUAAAAUAAUUGCUUGAAUUUUGGAAUUAGUUUAGA